CAGACGGUCAACUGAGGGAAGAUUUUAAUUUUGCUAUAAAAAAAAAUAGAAUCAGAGAAUCAUUUUAAGAAAUGUCACCUAAGUGGAGUUUUGCUUUAUGUCUGGUACUCUGGAGCAGCUGCUGGGCCACCAGUCCAACUCAGGACACAUUCAUGAACAGAGCCAAGGCUCUGAUGGCCGGGACACCGCUCAUCGAUGGUCAUAACGACCUGCCUUGGCAGCUACGAAAGCAAUUUAAUAACCAGCUCAACAAGGUGGAUCUUAACACACUGAAUACAACCCACACCAACAUCCCAAAGGUCAGAGAGGGGCUGCUCGGUGCACAGUUCUGGUCGGCCUAUGUACCCUGUGACACGCAGUACAAAGAUGCUGUCCGACAAACUCUGGAGCAGAUAGACGUGGUCCACAGGAUUUGUUCAAAAUAUCCAGACACCUUCCAGUUUGCCACCACCAGUGAAGAGAUCAAGGAGGCCUUCAAUUCGAAGAAGGUCGCCAGUCUGAUCGGGGUUGAGGGUGGCCAUUCCAUCGACAGCAGCUUAGCGACUCUGCGCAUCAUGUACCAUAUGGGUGUCCGCUACUUGACACUCACACACUCCUGUAACACACCUUGGGCUGACAACUGGCUUGUCGACACCGGAUCAGAUCCAUCUGAGAAUGAUGGCCUCUCUGAUUUUGGCAAGCAACUUGUAAAGGAAAUGAACCGUCUGGGGAUGCUCAUUGACUUGGCUCAUGUGCCUGUAAAAGUAAUGCACCAGGUCUUAGACAUGUCCGAAGCUCCUGUUAUCUUCAGCCACUCCUCUGCAUAUUCUAUCUGCGAACAUAAGAGAAACGUGCCCGAUGAAGUCCUCCGUAGAGUGGCUGAAACCGAAGGCGUUGUGAUGGUGAACUUCUACAAUGACUACGUCACGUGUAGCAAGACGGCCAGCCUCUCAGAUGUUGCUGAUCACUUUGACCAUAUCAAGAAGGUUGGUGGUGCAGGAAUUGUUGGUUUUGGUGGGGAUUAUGAUGGAGUCACCAGGGUUCCUGAGGGUUUGGAGGACGUAUCCAAAUAUCCUCAUCUGGUGGCUGAGCUUCUGAGGAGAGGCUGGACUGAUCAGGAAGUUAAAGCUGCUCUUGGAGAAAACCUCCUCCGAGUCAUGAAGAAGGCUGAGGAGGUCAGUACAAGUAUGUCUGCUAACCUCCCAGAUGACGUUCCUAUUCCAUACGAGGAUGUGAUGAACCCCUGCAGGACAAGCUAUGGCUACUCUGACCCCAACUCAGGAGCUGUUCAUUCACUCAGCAAACUGACCCUUCUGCUCACAUUUGCUUUACAGGCUGUUAUAACACUGAGAGCUUAAUAAGCUCCUCAGCAGAGCCAGUUCAUUAAAACAGCAAAUCUUGAACAUCAGAAAUUAAAGCCCUUGUUUCUUUGCAGUAGUGAUUUUUUGCUCUAUUCUCUGUUCUGUUUGUUGCUUCAUCUUCAUCUGUUCUAUGAGACAUAUGAGUUACUUAACUAAUGCUCAAAGCUAAAGCUCUGACUUCCCAUCCACCAUGAAAUAAUCAAAGGAUCAGUCUGCUUAUUAUAGACAAGUGUUUGUUUUUCUUUUUCUAUUCUCAGGGAGUUUAUCAGACAUAACAGUUAAUCCAUUAAAUGAAAGAGUUCUCAUGUGAACAAAUGGCUCCAUCUAGUGUUCUCAAAUAGCAACUACAAUACAAGUUAUAUGAACCACUUGGCAGGU